AUGGACUAUUCUAAAUACUUGAGCGAGCAAAGCAAGGCGAGACAACCUUCACCCAUUCGUGCCCUUCAACCCUUCCUUCAUGAUCCCAACAUAAUAAGCUUGGGCGCAGGACAGCCUAAUCCAUCAACAUUUCCUUUCAAAAGCAUGACCGUCACUCUCGAGUCUGGCGAAACUCUGCAAAUGGACCAACAGCUAUUUCGACGCUGCUUGUCUUACGAUCUUACGUCAGGUCUGCCACAACUGAACUCAUGGUUAAGACAGCUGCAAGAAAUUGAACAUAAACCCAAGCAUGAGGACUUUGCUCUCUCGAUUGGCGUCGGAUCACAAGAUUUGUUGACAAAGGCGUUUGAAAUGGUAAUUGAUCCUGGCACUCCUAUCUUAGUCGAAGAUCCAUCCUAUACAGGCGCUCUUGCCUUUUUGAAAACCCAACCAUGCAAAUUGAUCGGCGUCGCAACCGAUGCUUACGGUUUGAUACCAGAGACACUGGAUGAGGUAUUGAGUAAAUGGACCGACGGUAAAAAACCCAAUGCACUUUACACUAUCCCAUGUGGUGGAAAUCCCACUGGUGCGACAGCGACACUUGAACGUAAACAAAAAGUCUAUGCCGUCUGUCAAAAGCACGAUCUACUCAUUUUGGAAGACGAUCCUUAUUACUAUCUGCAGUUCACGUCUCGUGUUCCUUCUUACUUCUCAAUGGACCAAGAUGCUCGUGUAUUGAGAUUUGAUAGUAUGAGUAAGGUGCUCUCAUCUGGUCUGCGCAUUGGCUGGGUGACAGGUCCUGCCGAGCUUGUUCGUCGUAUCGAUCUUCAUACAAUGGUAACAAACCUUCAGUCUUCAGGUGUGCCUCAAUUGAUGGCUUAUGAACUCUUGAACUCAUGGGGUCAUGAUGGAUUCUUUAAACACGUAGAUAGUGUAGCUGAUUUUUAUAGAACCAAAGCAGAUCAAUUUGAAGAGUGUCUGCAAAGGCACAUGAAAGGAUACGGCGAGUGGGCUAAACCAAGUGGUGGCAUGUUUUUCUGGAUCAAGCUGCUCGGCGGUGUUACAGAUUCCAGCGAUCUCAUCAUGAAUACGGCAAUUCCUAAAAAGGGCGUGAUAGCUGUGCCUGGUAAUGCAUUCAUGCCCGCAGGCGAGCAUACACCUUAUAUUCGUGUGUCAUUCAGCAAUGUUUCUUAUGAGCAAAUGGAUGAAGGAGUGCGUCGAUUGGUAGAAGCCGUGAAGGAAGAGGCAGACCGUAAUGAUGUGCCCAUCAAACAAUAA